UCUACUUCUGUGUGUAAACAACGCGUGUUGCACGCAGCGCAGUGUGAUCGUAUUUACUUCACUGUUCGUUUCGCGUACCCGUUCAGUUAUAAUUAUUCGUAGAUUUUUCGUAAAAAAAACUAUCUUUUGAUGUCCACCGCCAGCCAAAAAAUGGAUACAGAUGGAAGUCCGUCCCGGACAACGAAGCCCAUCUGUUUGAUAGUGCUAGGCAUGGCGGGAUCCGGCAAAACAACAUUCGUGCGCAAGCUGGCGCAGUACAAACACGACGAACACAAUCCCUAUCUGAUCAAUUUGGAUCCAGCAUGUCGAGAGGUUCCCUAUCCAGCCAAUAUAGAUGUUCGAGAUACCAUCAACUACAAAGAGGUUAUGAAGCAAUACAAACUUGGUCCCAAUGGUGGAAUCGUUACUGCAUUGAAUCUGUUCUCCACUAAGUUUGGUAAAGUGAUAGAAUUGGUCGAAAAGACCAAAGACAAGCACAAAUAUUGCGUCAUCGACACGCCAGGGCAGAUAGAGGUGUUCACUUGGUCAGCGUCUGGCACGAUCAUCACCGAAGCCUUGGCAACUGCAUUUCCCACGGUGGUCGUUUAUGUAAUGGACAUUGUCCGGUCUGCAAGCCCUACCACGUUCAUGUCUAACAUGCUUUACGCUUGCUCCAUUCUGUACAAAGCCCGGUUGCCGUUCAUCAUUGUGCUGAACAAGAUCGACGUACAGGAGUUUGACUUCGCCAUUGAAUGGAUGCAGGAUUUCGAGUCGUUCCAGGAAGCGCUCGAAAACGAGACCACCUACGUCAGUAACCUCACCAGGACAAUGUCUCUGACGUUGGACGAAUUCUAUCGGGAUCUCAAGGCAUGCGGAGUGUCAUCAAAGACGGGUAUUGGCUUUGGAAAGUUUUUCGAACUGGUGCAGGAAGCCGCCAAGGAGUACGAGACCGACUACAAAGCCGAAUACGACAAACUUCGAGAGGAGAAGUUGGCCGAGCUGAAGAGAAAGGACGAGGAACAGUUGGCGAAGGUCACCCAGCAGGAUAAGGGGCAGGAGGUGCCGCUGAUAAAUGAGCUGAGUAGCGGUCGAGAGCGGGCUGAUAUUUACUUGAAACAUCCCGGUAACGAAAGCUCGGAAGACGAGGAAGGACACGAAGAUGAUGCUCCAGUUUGUCCAGGUGACGAUGAGGCCGAGGAAGCAAACUUUACGUCGUUCGUGAGGAAACACAAAGAAAUGCAGCAGGGAGCCGCCCAACACAAAUAACAGAUAAAAGGGCUUCAAUACAAUAAUAAAUAACGACGCAUUACCUAAAAUGU